AUGGCUGGAGCAGAUCCAGAGCUCCUCACUCACUCUGAGAUUGGUUAUGUCAAACGCAUUGCUCAGCCACGUGCCUCAGGAGCAACUCUCCGGAAUUUCAUCGCGCCAGGCAACCCGGGCCCUCCCUGCCCCGACUCCGCGGCAGCUGCGCCGACCAGCAUGCCUGCCAGGGCUGCGUUUGCGCGUGAGGCACGCUUGCGCCGGGCACUCACGUUUGAGGUUACACGUGCAAAUGCCGAACAGUAUGAGAACAACAACCGCAAGUGCCGCGGGUUCUUGGGCCUUGUGAGCCACAAUCCGUGCGAACUGGAAGUGUUGGAUGCACGAGUGUGGCUUGCUACUCAUUCGAACGUUGGCCUACUUCUCGCACGCAGAGUUGCAAUGACAAUAGCGCUGCGAGAGAGCCACUUCCUGCUCGUGGUCAAUAAAUAG